AACAAUAUCAGCUGUUUUUGUGACAAUUUCCAAAACUACUCUUUCGUGUACGACGCAAAACAAAACAAAUAAAAAUGAAUUUUAUCUCUCGAAUAGUGGGCUCAUCGUUUCGGCAACUGGUUUUAAAACACCCACCUGUAAGUUGGCAACGAGUGGCAGUGGUUCCAACCCAGAAUGUGCUAUUUUACUCCACGAAAACCGCGAAACCCCAAGAACCCGGCACGGGCAGUGCUGGGAAUAGCAACAAGAAGGCAAAAACAGCACCAAAGAUAACCCUUAUUUCGUCAGACGAAUCGAUAUCGAUAGUGAAUCUGGACGAAGCAGUAAAAAUAUCCAACCGGCGUAAUUUGAAGUUGGUAAAGAUUACCGACUUGGACACAAAAACGCAACGUCCGGUUUACAGAUUAAUGACCGGUGCGGAGUACUUAAACGAAGACCUAAAGCGCCGCGAAGAGAAGAAAAAGACCAAACAGGAUGCUUCCGUCAAGGGCGACAAGCUGCUCACGAUUAGUGCCCGUAUCGCGGAGCACGAUCUCGCCUCAAAGAUACAGAACGUUCUGAAAUGGUUAAACAAAUCGUACGAAGUGCGUGUCGUGGUUACGGGCGAUGGUGCAGGCAACAAGGCAAAGCAGGAGGACAUUGCGCAGCGCUUCGAGGCGAGUGUAAAGGACACCGGCAAGGUAGUACAGAAACGCCUCAGAGAUAAUGAUUUACGGUUCAACAUCACUCCGACUGGUGGUGCUGUGGCUGGCAAGAAAGGACUGCUGGAUGCAAAGGAUGCAGCGAACGGGUUGAACGAAAGUCAAGCUGCCCGAGGCCUUCACACCCGGAGCUGCCUAAUGGCGUGACAAUCACAGCGAGGGGACAGAGAGACGCAAACGGCCACGAAACGGUACAAGGUGACGGGAUGUGUUGCCAUCGUGCUGUUCGCAAAGUACGCUUUCUGGGCCUAUCUACUCAGGGGCGACAGAUGACCCGCCGUUGGGUGGGCUUUUGUUGUACAAUAAGGUAAGAAAUAAAGUUAGCUCAAAUAUAGACUAAACACUCGCGAGGU